AUGCUACUCACUCCUAGCACUAUUCUGGCUUUUGCUAUUCUCGUCGGGACCGCGAUCGCGGACACCUGUUCUACCGUCGAGACUAUAUCGUCGAUAGAGGUGGACGGCACUUUGUCGUUGGAUUACGUUACAGAGCAGGCUGAUUACUGGUCGUCAUCAUGUGCUGCCUUGAUUCCAACAUGUAUCAUCUUUCCAAAGUCCGCUGAGGAGGUCGCGACUGUCAUCAAAGUCUUGAACGACAAUGAAGAAGCUUUUGCCAUCAAGUCGGGCGGCCACAACCCCAACAACUAUUUCUCCAGCGUCCAGGGAGGACCGCUGAUCUCCACUCAAAGGAUGGAUCAGGUUCUCCUGGAUCCUGCUACUGGCAUUGCAAGGGUUGGACCAGGCAUCCGUCUCGAUGAGAUUGCCGCACAGCUGCAGGGCACAGGUUGGACAUUUGUGGGAGGACGUAUCGGCAAUACCGGAGUGGGAGGCCUAGUCCUCGGAGGUGGCCUGUCCUACAUGUCCGCGCAAUACGGUUGGGCAGCUUCAUCAGUAAUAGAGUACGAGAUCGUCCUUGCGAACGGGACGGUCACUACCGUUUCUGCUACCCAGAAUCCAGACCUGUUCAAGGCCUUAAAAGGUGGCGGCAACAACUUCGGUGUCGUCACUACGUAUGUGCUCCAGACGUAUAGGCAAGGAGAUAUCUACGGUGGCAAUCUGGUCUACGAACACACACCCGAUACCGAUGCGCAACUUCUCAAGGCUGUGCGAGACUUUGCCGAGUAUAACCAGGACGACAAGGCUGCUGUCAUCGUAACGGCUGAACGGUCGACUGUCAACGCCGUUGACUCGUGGAUCUUGUUCAUCUUCUACGACGGCCCCAGCCCGCCUGAGAACACAUUCAAGAACUUCACAGAUGCCGGUCCUACGCUUAGCACCCUGAGAACCCAGACCUACUCCGAGCUUAUCGGAGGUAGCAACUGGGUCAUUGUCAAAGCCUCGGUUGUGGAUAUUAGCACAGAAACCGUUCCUGUUCCGUCGGCCGAGAACGGCGACUUCAUGAACGAGCUGCAUGCUCACUGGAGGAAUAUAUCCGGAAGUGUUCAGUUGGAGCCCGGUAUCGUGGCUUCAAUCGCAUAUCAGCCCUUCCCUAAGCGUAUUGCUGCAGCCGCCAAGGAGAGGAGUGUCGACCUGAUCGAUUGCGACGAUGACGUGGACAAAAUGAUCAUCGAGAUGAAUUACAGCUUCACCCUCCAGUCCGAUUAUGACGUGAUGGCCGAUGUGGUGGAGGCAACCUAUACGGGUAUCCGUGACCGGGUCCUGGAAUGGCAGGGUGCGGGCAAGUUGCCGGAGACGUAUUUACCAGUAUUUAUGAACUACGGCUUUUACCGGCAAGACUACUUUGGCAGACUCAAACCGGAGAACGCAGAGUUUGCGAGAAAAGUGGCAGCGGAAGUCGAUCCGACCGGCUUUUUCAGAGACAGGACUGGAGGCUUUAGGCCUUGA